CAGAGCCACCCACUCAUUUAACAUCUUUACUUAACUAAACACCAAAGAAGAACGCCCACUGUCUCAGCUGCCUCAGGCCCAAGAUCCUCCCUUUGCCCACCGCCAUGGAUCCACCACCCACCACCACCACCCCAAAGCUACGACUGAUGUGUAGCUACGGCGGCCACAUCAUCCCACGUCCACAAACUAAAUCACUUUACUACUCCGGAGGAGAAAACCGCAUAGUCACCAUCCCCACCACCACCGCUCCCACCCUUUCUCUCUCUACUCUCACCACCCACCUCUCCACCUUCCUCCACCUCAGCGCCCCAUUUGUUCUCAAAUACCAACUUCCCGAUCACGACCUUGACUCCCUCAUUUCCAUCUCAACGGAUGAUGAUCUCCAAAUCAUGUUAGAAGAGCACAGCAGACUCUCUUCCACUGCUACUCCUUCACGUGUCAGAUUAUUUAUUUUUCCAGUUGUCAAUAGCAUCAACGCUGAGUUGAGUCAUCCGAAAAGGGAGAGUUGGUUUGUUGAUGCUUUGAGGAGUGCAAGAGUGGGAUUUGGAGGGGAAAUUAGUAGUGAACAAGAGUCUAUUGUUUUGGAAACUUCGUCUUCUUUUGGCUCCACUUCUUCUUCGCAUUCUCUGUCAAAUCUGCCUCCAAUUAAAUCGUCAUCAGAUUCAAUACCAAGUGAUGAUUGUGUUGGGGGUGUUUCUAAUGUGCGGGAUGGAACUUGUCAAGACCAAGUUGCCCUCUUUGCUGCAAUGGAGAAUAAGGCCUCUUCGAACCCAUUUGAACCAGACUAUAAAGUUGCUGAUCCUUCCUCUGGGAUAGAGAUGCAUAAACCAAUUCAGGCGUCUGGGUUUCCAAUAAAUCUAGUGGAUCUACCUCAGCAACAAACACAAUUUGUUCGUGAGGACCAUUACAUACCACAGAACAUGCCUGGAGCACAGCCAGUUACAUCAUAUUACCCAGUUUAUCAUCCGCUGCCACCACAGCAACGGCACCUCCAUUAUCAGUCAAAUCAACCUUACCCACUGUAUUACUUGCCUGUUGUGCCAACUCAGUCUUACAGUAUACCUGCGCAAUGUGGGAUGGUUCAGGCAUCCUCUUCCUCUAUUGGCUCUGGUCAGCCCCAAAUCCAUCCAAAUGCUUCAUUGAUUCCACCUCAACAGGGUAUCAAGGCGGUUGCAGCAUUACUUCAACCUGUAGCUGACUUAACCUCACAGGCAUACACAAAUGUUCCAGGGCACCCACUUAUUGAUUUACCUCAUAAUGAAACAGAAACAAGGCCCGUUGGUGCUCAAAUUCAGCACCACCCUCAAGCAUUUGGUGUUGCUGCUGGUGAAACUGCUAAUUGCACUAGCAAACUUGAUGAUGACCCUGCUCGUGUUCAAAUAUACAAAUCUCAGCCUCCACCACCCACGUUGCCUUCACAGUACCAAACCAUGACCAAAGCCACAACAUUACUUUUGUCUGAGGCUUUAGGGCAAUUGCAUACUGACAAUGCAAAGCAACAGAUUAGAACAUCAGAACCACAAUGAUCCUACUCUCCAGCAGGGAACACAAUUUUGGUAGUGGUGUCUUCGUUACUUUUGGGUUGUUUUACCUUGGUGCUGAUUUUGGCAGUGGUAUGUGUAGCCUGCCUGACAUAUAAAGAGAUGAUUUCGCCUUUCUUCUUUUUGCUUUAUAUGUUUUAUUCCUCUUUCUGUUUGUUUGUUCAUUUACUUGUUUGUUUGUUUUCUUGAAUGUUCUUGAGAUUAUAGUAUUCCACAAAAUGUGUUGUAUGGUUGAGUUGUCUCUCUCCCGAUCAUGUUGUUAGUAAAUGAGGGUUGAAACACCCCUUUUCGGAGAAAUAGAACUUUGGUUAUGUAAUCUUACUAAUGGAAUGGGGAUGUUCAUCAUAGAUGUUGAAUAUUUGCAUGUUUCUUUUUUAAAAUU